AUGGUGCGACGGUUUGAGCACCGCUGGAAAGAGCACGUCACAGAAUGCAAGGGUGCCGCAGAUCUGGCAAAGUUGGCUGAAGAUAGCGCAGAGAUAUAUCUCGCUCAGGUGGACCAAGUUUGGAUCCAGGAACAACUACAAACCGAGAUGACCCAAGUUCUUCGCGGUUCAGGUAUUCCGCGACGUCGCCGUUUUGAGUAG